AUGCGCAGCGUCACGCAGCAGCAGCGCGGCGCAGGCGCGCGACAUCCACUGCGCAGCACCUCUGGCUCCUCGCUGCACUGCGCUUCCUCCAUCCUGUCGGCGCCGGACCCUGCCGCGUCCGCGGCGCCCAGCAGCCAGGCGGCCGAGUCGAGCAGCGGCUCGCUGACGCCGCAGGGCGCCGGCAGCCAGGCACAGCAGCUGCUCGCCGCCGUAGGCGCCGCCGACCGAGCUCGCCUUAGUCCGCGCGCCAGUCCCGGCAGCAGCACGCCGGCCAACAGGAGCGCUCCGGCAUCCACGCGAGUGAGCCGCGCGGCCACACCGGCCAGCAGCGGCAGCACCACGCCGGCCUCGCCGGGCAGCCUCGCCCUCUCGCCAGGCACCGGCAGCCACGCGCAGCUGUACAGCGCGCCGGCGCUCAGUGCCGCCAUGGAGGAGGCCCAGCCGACGUGGGCGCACCCGGCGCCGCGCAGCGGCGUCUCGUCGCCCGCCAGCGGCUCGCACACCGCGCUGCCCGAGGUCGACUACGGCGCACUGGCGGCGACGCAGGCGGCAGCAUGUGGCAUGGUCGCUGCUCCUGCCAACGGAGCCGCGCGUGCGCAGCUGCAGGGGCGCAGCAGCCGCUCCAGCACCGCCGCCAGCGCUGCGCCGAGCAGCGGCGCCGCGACGGGCACCGGCCACGGCGGCUCCUCCGCCGCCGGGCCCUCGACGAACCCGACGAGCGUCAGCCCGCACGACAGCGAGGCGUCGCCGCCGCCGUCGGGCAGCAGCACGCCCUCGCGCUCGAACAGCGGCCGGCCGCAGGUGCUCGAGACGCACCACCUGCAGCUGCAGACGCACACCAGCGGGCGGCGCAUGAUCAAUCAGUACAUCAUUGAGGAUGAGCUGGGCCGUGGUGUGCACGGCAAGGUCCGGCUGGCCCGCGACACGGACACCGGGGAGCGCGUGGCCGUCAAGAUCGUCGAGCGCGAGGGCCGCAAGCGCCUCGGCGGCGGCAAUGCGGCGUGGAACUCGCGCAACAGCGCGUUUGCCAAGGGCAAGAGCCGCGACCGGCCCCUGACUGCCUCGUCGAUCAUCUCCGCCGCCAGCGAGGGCGCCAGCGGCCUUGCCACGAACGACGCGGAGGACAGCGCGUCGCACGGCGACGGCGCGUCCCGACAGCACCACGCGCACUUCGCACCGGUGCCGCCGCGCUCGCCGGGCGGCAGCAUGAGCAGUGCGCAUGUGCUUGCACUGACGGCGCGGCACGGGCGCUGGGCGGACAGCGGCCCGAGCCGGCCCACGGCGGCAGACAAGGAGCUGGAGCGUGAGCGCGAGAAGGCGCGCGAGCGCGCGCGCAAGCAGCUGCUGUGGACGACGGACAAGAAGGUCAAGCGCGAGAUUGCGCUCAUGAAGAAGUGCGCGCACGAGAACGUCGUGCGGCUGAAGGAGGUCAUCGACGAUCCGCAGAGCAAGAAGAUCUUCAUGGUGCUCGAGUACAUGUCUGGCGGCGAGGUGCAGUGGAAGGACGAGCGCGGCUUCCCGACCCUCACGAUUGCCGAGGCGCGCAGCACGCUCCGAGAUGUCGUGCUGGGGCUCGAGUACCUGCACUAUCAGGGCAUCAUCCACCGCGACAUCAAGCCGGCGAACCUGCUGUGGGACGAGAACCGGCGCGUCAAGAUCUCCGACUUUGGCGUCUCGCACUUCAGCUAUGCGCUCCUGGUGGCCAGUGGCGGUCUGCCGAGUCUCGACGGCGACGAAGAGCGCUCGCGCGACCCGAGCCUCGUCGACGACCACGAGCUGGCCAAGACUGCCGGCAGUCCGGCGUUUUUUGCGCCAGAGCUCUGUCUUGCAGGCGAAGCAGCGCCUACGGCCUCGUCAGAGGUGCGCAUCAACGGGCGCACGCGUGUGACGCCGCGCAUGAACACGGCGGAGUCGCGCGAGUUCCCGUGGGCCGAGGGGCAGAACAGCCGUGGCGGCACGCCGUCGCAAGAGCUCAGUCAGGCAGCGCGCAAGCAGAAGCCGAGGAUCACAAAGGCCAUCGACGUGUGGGCGCUCGGCGUGACGCUGUACUGCCUUCUCUUUGGCCAUCCGCCGUUCACCGCAGACAACGAGUUCGCGCUCUUUGCAGUCAUCCCCCACGAGGACUACGAGCUGCCGGCCUUUGCGGGCGCCGACCGCAUGCGCAUCGGACCGCGCGCCAAGCGCUGGCGGACGCUGCCGCAGUGGACAGACGAGGAAGGCGAUGUGCACGCCGAACCGGACGCGAGUGAGCAGGACGUGGGCCCUGCAGCGCUCUCCGAGGAUAUGCGUCUGCUGCGCGAGCUGCUCGACCGCCUGCUCGAGAAGGACCCGGAGAAGCGCAUCAAGCUCGAGGAGGUCAAGAAGCACCCGUGGCUCACGCGCGAUCUGGAAGACGCUCCGGCCUGGCUCUCGCAGACGGAUCCCACGCAGCAUCCAUUCGUCGAGGUGACGCACGAAGAGGUCGAGGAUGCUCUCACGGGCUUCUCGAAGAUCAAGCUGCGCAUCAAGCGCUGGCAGUCGAAGCUCCUGGAGACGCUCGCCGGGUCGCGGAGCCGCGAGCGGAGCAAGUCUGCGUCCCACGCUCACCCGCCGACUCUGAACCUCAGCGGUGCACGCCCGAACGGCGCAGUCUCGCACGGCGCUUCCACGCCUGCGGCACGCGACAUGGGCGAUCAUCAUCAUUCAAGCCUGUCGCAGCCAACCUCUGCGCACGGCAAGAGUCCGGGCCACUCGCAUCGCCCGGGCUUUUUCUUCCGCCGCCAGUCGACCGCUGCCGACCGCGUGCCGAGUGCCGUCGCCGAGCUCACGGCGCUCAACUCGCGAGAGAGCACUCGCAAUCGCCGCGCGCGCAAGUAUGCCGGCACGCGCAGUCAGCCUGCAUCGCGCCCCACGUCGCCAGAUGGUACCGGCGUGCCAAAGCAGGCCAGCAGCCACGGCUCGAACACACCUGAUGCCGAGGCGCUCCUUCGCAACCUCUCGGCCACGUCGAGCCGGGCCCAGCACUCGUCGCUCGGGUCGAGCGCACGUCAGAUGCGGCCGCCGGUCAUCCAGCGUCGCUCGACUAGCCGCUCGUCCAAGACCAUCGACGCGGCGCGCCAGAUGAUGCCCGUCUUUCAUCGCUCCUCGUCCGAGUCGCAGACGAGCGAAGGCCACGGCUUCAAGCUGCAGACUGCGCCCGACGGCAGCCUCCUCGUCCAGCCAACUGCUUCCACCCGGUCGUCCAGCAAGUCUGCACGCUCGUCGCCGCUCAUGUCCGCGGGCAGCGGCACGAGCGGGCCGAUGUGGCCAUCUCGCCGCGCGAGUGCGAACCCAGGCUCCGAGAGUCCGCGCUUCUCGUACGACCUGCUGCGCGCGCCCACCAACGACACAGUGACGGCCCAGCCGAUGUCGCAGUCGCCGCCACGGCAGCUCGGCCAGCGGCAGACGAGCCGCUCGCGCAUCGGCGAUAUCUUCCGCAGCGUAUGGCACCCGAGUCACGGCCACGCCACGCCGACCAAGAGCAGCAGCGAGUGGCAGCGCGACGGCCUCUCGCGGCGCUCGUCGCGCUCGUCGCGGAGCAGGCCGCCAUCGGCACAACCGCGUGCGCCGCCGCCAUCGGCGUUCCGCGCGCCGGACUCGGUCACGCCCUCGACGGCGUCGCAGAAGAGCAGCAUGGCAGAGUCGGCUCAUGCUCCGCCGUUUCCCAGCUUCGGCCUGACCGUCGAUGCCAUCGGUGCGGCAGUGCGUGUGGGUCCCUACGGCGACGCAGACGUGCCGUACAGCGCGCCGCUGCCGCCUCGCUCGCUCGCCGCCGAGGAGCACCGGCAGCGCAUCGUUUGCUCGCCCAGCCGGCCCACGUCGCCCGUGCGCGUUGCGUCUACGACUUCGGCGCGGCGUGUCGACGUGGACGACGUGGAUGUCGACCUCGAGCUGUCGGACGACGACGAUGAGCUCGGCCCUGACGGGCGCGCGCGAGGCUCGUACCUGCGCAAUGACGGCCGCGGCUGGGUGAUGCACCGCGGUGAGGGAGCAGCAGCCUCCAUUGGCAGCUCAUCGCUGGGCAUCUCGGCGCCCGCAUCGGAGGCGCACUCGUCGUCCUCUGGCCCGACGGCGUCGGUCACCAGCUUCGUCACUCCCUCAGUCGAAGGCGGCUACAAUCUCUUCAAGCCGCCGUACACCGGCGCCAGAGGCGGCUCGACGAUCACUCCGCUGCCCAUCGAGCCGGUGCAGGGCGACUCCUCGUCUGCGCUCUUCUCGGACCUCGGCCCGGACCACUUGAAGCACGUCUUGGCGCACCGACGCGGCAGCUCCUUCGGCCACGAGCUCGACGACGCUGCUCCGCCGUCUGCUUUCCGCGCCGAUCGGGCAGCGCACGAGGACCACAUGUCCGCUGGCGAUGCAGACGAAGGCGGCAUCUACAGCGGCACCGACGACGACCGCUUCGCCGACGCCGACGAGUCGGAUCUCGCCACGUCGGGCGUGCUUGACGACGCCGAGGAGGAUGACGGCGACGACGACGACGGCGGCGGCUUUUCCUUCGAGGCCGGCCGCCAUGGCCGCUGAGCACGCCCCGGCUGCCGACGCUCCAUGCUCUGUGCUCCGCUCUCUGCACUGCCUCUGCGCUCACGCUCCUGUACCUGUAUCCCUCGUCUCACGAUCUCUGCCUCUCAGGUCACGCUCUUGCCACUCAGUUCUCUUCCCUGCCGCCUCCAUCCCACCAUGCUUGUCCUCGUCUUCGCGCGCCCUUCACUAAGUGUGAAACUCUCCUUGAGCGCUCAGCUCAUCUUUCUAGCUCUACAGCGUGACGCCGCUGCAGUCUCCCGCUCCCAGCGCCGCGUCGUGCGGGCCCUGGCGUGCUCUCACAGACCCUGGCGCCGCUCGUUCUCAAGGCGUCGCCCCUGGGGUUCCAUGGCUGGACACGUGCUCCCGAGCCGGCUACAUAGAGCCGAGCGAGACAGAGCCGUGACGAGGU